UACGGUUACAAAGCACUUUGUGGCUAUUAGAGACACUAAUUAAUUAUAUCUCCAGAAUUGGCUUUUAUAAGUUAAUCUAAUAAAGUUGUUGAUAAAAAAAAAAAAAAAAAUUAUAGUGUUGACACACAUCUCUCUCACAUGCCUCUCUAAGUUCCAUUUAGGGUUUUCUUCUUCACUAUACACUCAUGGUCUUCUCUUUCCAAUCGCCGCCUCUGAUCUCUCUUCCUCGCUUCUCAGAUUAGCUUUUUGUUUUGUUACAUUGAUUUGCCUGUUAUGUCCAACAAUCUCUCGCCUCAGCAUUGUUUACAAAUGGGUCAAUUCAUCAAUGUUGACACUACUCCAGACCUGACUUCUAAUCAGAUCUCUGGUGGGAGGCAGGAUUUUCAUGUAAUGUUGCCUAGUGCUGUUGGUUUAGGAUCAGUUAAUAUGGAUACAACUCUGUUAUCCGGUAAGCGGAAAUCUCCGUUGCAGCAAUCUGUGCCAAAUAAACGGAUGGUACUACCUAUGGAACAUAGACCAUGGGCGUCUGCUCCAAUGCAGGUGCAGUUAUCUUCUGUUUCCCCCAGGACACAGUAUUUGCCUGCAUCAUUUGUUAGUAAGAAUAGUUCUGUUUCUUGUAAUAAACCCGGUAAGCAAACUGCGGCGAGAAAACAGACUUCGCAGAAACCGAUGUUGCUGAAACCUCAGAGUGAAUCAUCUGGAUCUGUUAGGUUUAAAAUGAGAGAAUCUUUAGCUGGUGCAUUGGCAAUGGUACAGUGUCAUAUGGAAGUUCCUAAAGAGUCGAAAAGGUUAGAUAGUGAGACUGUAGGUAAUCCUCUCGAAGUUCAUGUUAGUGAGCCAGUGUCAGCUGCUUCUGGAGUUGAUGUGAUGGUAUCUAAUGGGAGCACAGAGAUUCUGACCCUCAGUGAUCCUAGUACUUUAGAAGGUGUCUCUGUUCAGACUGUGUUACCGGAGAUUUUGACUAUCACCAAGACAACUGAUGCCCAAGAAAUUAUUGCACAAGAACCUGAGGCUUUAAAACCGUUUGUGCAAGACAAUGUUUCAUAUAGUGACAAUGUGUUUUCAAAAGAUGAUCUUUUGCAAGGGAAUGACCUCUCUUGGGCUCUUGAGUCGGAUAUUGAUUUUACUGUCAAUUGUCGAAAUGAUAUGAUUGGAGCAAUGGCUAAUGAUGGGAGUCAGGAGAAAUUGUUACUGGAUCCACAAGUUUUGGCAUUUGAAAUAGAGGCAGAACUGUUUAAGUUAUUUGGUGGUGUGAAUAAGAAAUAUAAAGAGAAAGGAAGGUCUCUCUUGUUCAAUUUUAAAGAUAAGAGUAAUCCUAAACUCAGGGAAAAAGUUAUGUAUGGAGAAAUUGCAGCAGAGCGAUUGUGUUCCAUGUCAGCAGAGGAACUUGCUUCAAAGGAACUAGCCGAGUGGCGACAAGCAAAAGCAGAAGAGAUGGCUCAGAUGGUUGUUCUGCAGGACACAGAGGUGGAUAUCAGAAGCCUGGUAAGGAAAACACACAAAGGAGAGUUCCAAGUGGAAGUUGAACCAAUGGAUAGUGGCUCAGUAGAGGUCUCUGUUGGAAUGAGCUCGCUUAAUUGGUCUCGACCAAAGAAUAUCAAGAAGAAAACCCCUUCCAUUACUAAAACACUUGGAAUCAAGAAGGAAUUGAAUGUCUCUGAUGAGGGCAAUGGCGCAAUAAAUGGAGUCACAAUAGAUGAUGAGAUGCAGGCUGCCACUGUAUCUCUUCCUUCAAUUGUGUCUCUUGAUGAAUUCAUGUCAUCCAUAGAUUCUGAAUCUCCGUCUGUGUCAGAUAAUAAUGAUGCAGAGACGGUUUUAGUUUGUAUAUCACCCAAAGAAAGUGCUAAUAUUGAUCUUGGUACAUCACCAGUUAAGGCUGAGGAUGGUGACAUAGUAACGUUAAAGCCUGAUUCUGAUCUGAAAUCUGAAAUUAUAUCUGGUUUCAUACCUGAUGGUGAACGUGUAUGGGAAGGUGCGCUCCAGCUAAGUGCUUCUACUGUGAGCUCUGUCAUCGGCAUUCUAAGAAGUGGUGAAAAGACUACUACUAAAGAGUGGCCUAUGUUGCUUGAGAUCAAGGGUAGAGUCAGAUUAGAUGCAUUUGAGAAAUUUGUUCGAGAGCUCCCAAAUUCCAGGAGCCGUGCUGUUAUGGUUAUGACUUUCGUCUGUAGAGAAGAGUGCUCAAAGACAGACCAAGAGAUCAUUUCCGAGGUGGUGGAUUCGUACGCUAAAGAUGAGAGGGUGGGUUACGCAGAACCGGCUUCAGGAGUUGAGCUAUACCUAUGCCCAACCCGUGGGAGAACCCCAGAGAUUCUAAACAAGAUUGUUCCGAGAAACCAACUCGAUUUCUUGAAAUCUUUAAAUGAUGAUGGUCUUAUAGGUGUUGUUGUAUGGAGAAGACGACAAUUUAAAAAACCACCACUAUCUAACAACUCUCACAAGAACCACCGUGAAAUGGGUUCUUCAGUAACCACAUAUAAUAUGUCUCGUUACAUUAACAUGCUACAGGUCAACCAUGACGAUGGUGAUGAUGUGCCACCGGGGUUUGGUCCAACGACCAUGGCUCGGGAUGAUGAUGAUGACUUGCCUGAAUUUAACUAUUUUUCUGGUGGAGAUGUUGUCAUGAACCGGAUGAGCCGGUCUGUAUCUGUGAGAGAGCUUAUUCAAAAAUAUGGAAAAUCUGAACCUUUGAGUAACCUAAGUUAUAAUGAUAAUGACAAUGAUAUACUACCAGAGUGGCAGGCUCAAUCGAACCGGACUCUUGGGGUUAAUCAUGUAAAUGGUGGCUCGAUGGUUAGACCAUGUAGUGAGUGGUGGUCUCAUCAGGAUGGCAGAGGAGGAUAUUAAUCGCUCUUUGUUUCAUCACCUCAGCAAUUUUGUUUUUGUUUUGCUUUUUCUGUAGCAGGCAACAUAAAUGCUCUUCCAAACUUUUUGAUUUUAUUUUCUCUCAGGUCAUUGAAUUUGGCAUUUUGUUAGUAAGAUGGGCCUUCUCGGCCCGCUAAUAUAUUGCUCAUUUGCGUUGUGUA